UUUUUAUUGUAUAUAAACAACACCCACCAGCAGAUGUUGGAAGCAGUUAGAGUGUCCCCUUACAGAGAGGAGGCAUGGCCGGCGGGGUAAGGAGUGCAAAGCUGGGGUUUCUAGCAUGGCUGUGUUUCUCUACACUGGGAGCAACCCUUGGGGCGAAAGUACUGGUGGUGCCCGUGGCUGGGAGCCACUGGCUCAGCAUGAAACUCCUGGUGAAGGAGCUUAUCGUCCGGGGCCACGACGUGGUUGUCCUGGAGCCCGAGACCACCGCGAUGGGCAAGGGAUUGGUCGGCUGCAGGAAUGAGAUCUACCCGGUUUCCUACAUGAAGGAGGAAUUGGGAAAUGUUUUAAAACAACUCCAAGAGAACGUCUUCAUCAAGCUGCCCAAGAUCACCGAAGCGUUUGUCAAUGCGCAGAGAUUGAUCGACUACACCUCCAUCCACGUGAAGGGGUGCGAGAAUCUGCUGUACAACCAGGUGGUGAUGGGCCGUCUGCGCCUGGAGGGAUUCGACGUCGUGCUCACGGACCCGUUCCUGCCUUGCGGCUCUAUCCUAGCCGAGACACUUUCCGUCCCAGUCGUGUAUUUUCUGCGUGGACUCCCGUGUGGUUUGGACGAGAUUGGCACGCAGUGUCCCUCGCCUCCUUCCUACGUCCCGCGCUUCUACUCCGGUCACUCGGACACCAUGACCUUUCCUCAGAGGGUUAAAAACAUGGUCAUGUAUGGGAUUGAGUCUGUGAGCUGCCGCAUCAUGUAUGCCAGCUUUGAUGAGCUGGCCAGCAGGUAUUUGGAAAAGGACAUCAGCUAUAAGGACCUCGUCCGCCACGGUGCCAUCUGGCUGCUCCGAUAUGACUUUGCUUUCCUCUUUCCAAAACCCAUGAUGCCCAACAUGGUUCUUAUUGGAGGCAUCAACUGCGCGAAGCCAUCUCCUCUGUCAGCGCACUUGGAGGAGUUUGUAGAUGGAUCCGGUGAUGACGGUUUCAUUGUUUUCACGCUAGGCUCCAUGGUGGACAAAAUGCCUGCAGAUAUGACAAUAGCAUUCUUAGAUGCCUUCAAGAAAAUUCCUCAACGGGUGGUUUGGAGGCAUACUGGUAUUUUACCAGAAGACGUGCCAGAGAAUGUAAAAAUAAUGAAGUGGCUACCUCAAAAUGAUCUCCUAGCUCAUCCCAAGGCUAAACUCUUCCUCACUCAUGGAGGCUCACAUGGCAUCUAUGAGGGCAUCUGCCACGGCGUUCCCAUGGUGAUGAUGCCAUUGUUUGGGGACCAGCCGGACAACGUUGAUUACAUGGUGGCCCGUGGAGUGGCAGUCGUGAUCGACGUGUUUGACGUUACCACAGAAAAAGUGCUGGAGGCCAUUAACAAAGUCGUCAAUGAUACAAGCUACAAAGAGAAGAUGGUGAAUCUCAUGUCAGUGCAUCAGGACCAUGCUGUAAAGCCCCUGGACCUGGCCGUGUUCUGGACCGAGUUCGUCGUAAGACACCAGGGCGCCGAUCACCUUCGGCCCGCAGCCCACAACCUCAACUGGAUUCAGUAUCAUAGCCUGGACACUCUCUGCUUACUGGCUGCUAUUGUCUUGACUAUCGCCUUCCUCGGGCUCAAAUGUUGCUGUUUCUGCGGCCGCAAGUGUUGCGUGCGAGUGGCAAAGAAGAAGAAGGUGUUGUAGAUCUCUAAUAAUAAUAAUAAUA